AUUAUAAUAAUAAAUAAAUACAUGCUAGGAUUUCUUCUCUCUGUGAACUUGUGAAUGUAUAUACGGUGUCCAAAAAAUCAAGCUUUUCACAGAAAAAAUGGCUUUUUGUGCGACGCAACAGUGAUUGGUACUCGUUUCGGCUUCUGGAGCGGUUGGGGUGCUGAUAAAGCCGCUAUCCUCACCCUAACACAAGGUUUUGUUGAGUCUCAAAUAUAGUUCAGAAUUUGGGCACCAGAAGCUCGAGAGUUCCAACAUCUUUACCAUGUCUAUGCUGAAAAGGUUACGUUGUGUCACACUCGAUGUUACUGGUACACUGAUCGCUUACAAAGGAGAGCUAGGUGACUACUAUUGCAUGGCAGCCAAAGCCGUGGGACUUCCAUGCCCCGACUACAAAAGAGUGCACGAGGGCUUUAAACUCGCUUAUACAGACAUGGCAAGAAAACAUCCAUGCUUCGGGUUUGCAGAAAAGAUCCCGAACAUUAUCUGGUGGAAGACUUGUGUGCGAGAUUCAUUUGUGAAGGCUGGAUAUGAUUAUGACGAGGAGACUUUUGAAAAGAUCUUUAGACGCAUAUAUGCAACGUUUGGUUCCUCUGCACCGUACACUAUUUUCCCAGAUGCCCAACCGUUCCUAAGGUGGCUUCGUUCUACAGGGGUUACAGUCGGGCUUGUCAGCAACGCUGAGUAUCGGUAUCAGGAUGUAAUCCUCCCAGCGCUCGGUUUGAAUCAGGGAUCGGAGUGGGAUUUUGGCGUAUUCUCUGGGCUAGAAGGUGUAGAAAAGCCAGACCCGAAGAUCUAUCGGAUUGCGUUGGAGAGAGCUGGAAACGUCGCGCCCGAAGAAGUUCUGCACAUCGGGGACAGCAUGCGAAAAGAUUUCGUACCGGCUACGAGUGUGGGGAUGCAUGCAAUAUUGCUUGACAGGUUCAAGACAGCUGAUGCUGAAAAUUGGAAGAAAUCUGGAGCCAUAGUGCUGCCUGAUCUGGUAGCAGCAAAAGAAUGGCUUACUUCUCAACAAUUGCAUUCCUGAGUAAUUAGUUAUAUUGUUGUUCUAAUUUAUAUCUGGUUUUAUGCUGUAUUUGCACUGAGAAAAGAAAAUGAAUAGACAGACAUUUGUUAAUGAAUUUGGUUCAAGUACACAU